AUUCUCUCACUGUUUCUGUAGAGAGUAUUUCUUUUCCAACCUCCAUUCUUAUGAAUCUCAUGUUUCUAGCUGCCCAUUUGCUCGGUUCAUUUUCAGAUGCAAAUUUAAGUUAUCGACACAACAAGACAACUAAUUGGUUUUGCAGGUCAAAGACACGUUCUGUGUACGAAGUGCCUAAGGAUGCUACCUAGGAUACUGUUUGCUUUCUUACUCUUUACUCCGAGUUGUUUCAGAUGGCUAGAAUAUGCAGAAUGCAAAGUUCCCCAAGAGGAGGUGAUAGGGUUCAUCAACCUCAAAACCUUGGUGUUUUCUAAAUUGAUCAUCAAGACAAACCUGAUUCUCCUUGAUGUUUUUCUUUCUCUUUCGAUAGAGGAUUCAUUAGAAAGAGACAAUAUAAAUGAGAUAUUGUAAAAAUAUCAAGAUAAGAGAGGUCGGCCAGCCGGGUAGGAACUCGGUUUUCUUUGAAGGAGCUCGGCCAGUCAGGUAGACAACACCAACCUCACGAACCUGUGUGCUGCGCAUGAAGACGGUGCAACGAACUCACGAAACUUUUGGAUCAACACAAAAAGAAGAUGACAACCGGAUAGACAUACCAACCUCUCAAACUUGUGUGGUGCGUAUGAAGAUGGUGCAGCAAACUCAUGAAACUUUUCGAAUCAAGACAAAAAGAAGAUGACCGUGGAAGGUUUGACCAUCCACAAGAAGUGUUUACUUCAAUCCCAAGAUACCCCACAAGAAAUAACACUAAAACUCAAGAAAAGACCACGUCAGAGACCACGCUCUGAUUCCAUGUCAAAAUAUCAAGAUAAGAGAUAGCAUAUGAGAGAUUUCUUUUCUUAGAAUUGUUUGUUUUUAUUCUGCAGCGCUCUUUUCUUAAAUAGACAACAUAGAAUAUUUUUACAUUAAUAUUGGAGAUUGCAGGAGAUAUGCAACAAAGAUAUUUACACAGAGUAAAUAUGAAUAAAUUCUAACAGCAAUUUUUUUAAGUUAGAAAAUAAUAAUCUAAUAAAAACAUAAUCAAAUACAUUAACAGAUAUAAAUCCAACUUACAUAAAAGAAUUAACAUCAUUCUCAAGUCAAAACUUUAAAAUAAUGAAUUUAUGAAUUUUUUUUUCAUAUAGCUUUCGAUUUUCUCAUGUUUACCUAACGUAGAAUUUAGAUUUACACUUGGAGUUCAAACAUGCAUACACACAUAGAGUAAGAAGCAAUGGUGUUAUAAAUAAAAAGUUAACGUUCAAAGAUAUAAUGAGUAACUAAACUUUUCACAGAAAUAAUUCAUUCAAUAAAUCAGUUUUGAUGGUUUUAAUCCUGGGAUUGCUUGUUCUUGUUAAAGAUAUCCUUUUUCCUAUUUACCUUUUCAGCUCCAGCAACCAACUAGUUGAUAUGAAUAUGAUACCAUGACAAUUCUAAACGAUGUCACUUUCUCUAUAAGAAUUUAUAGUACGACAAUUCUAAACUAGUUGAUAUGAAUAUGAUACCUUUUGGAGUAUGAAUAUCUCUCUUCUCUCUUUAAAAGUUUCUUAGAUUUUUCUAUUAAACUUUUAAACCAAUAAUUUCUUGCGUACAAUUGUCAAUGACAUUAUGUGCAGUUCAAACAUGUAAACCUCUUUGAUUUGAAGACUUUGCCGCUUUUUCUAGUUGGUAUCAGUUAGACAGUGAAUCUCUGGUGUCAGUUCAUCUGAUUAUAUAUAUGGAUACCUAAGGUCUAUCUUUAUUGAACUCCUAGUUCAAACAUUGAUUGAUGUUGUUUCCUUUUCUUCCAUGCAUUUUGAUUUGUUAUGUUAUAGUGACUGUCAAAAAAAUUACAGUUGAUGCUCUUAAGGAAAUCACUAGCACGAUGGGGGCCACCUAUUGGGAGUUUGACAGUGAUUAUUGUUCUGUUAAAAUGCUGAGAUCAACACCAGAUCCACCUAAAGAAUCUGAAAGGAAAAUUGUUUGUGAUUGCUCUAUUGAAAACAACACCUGUCACGUAGUAGAGAUCCUUUUCAAGAAGGUCAACCUUCCUGGCAUGCUUCCACCUCAAUUGGUUAAGCUUCCUUACCUCAGCAAAGUUGAUUUUGCUUUCAACUACCUAAGUGGUACGAUUCCGAAGGAAUGGGGUUCGACAAAUUUAACUUCAAUCUCUGUAUUUGCUAAUCAUUUGUCAGGGGAAAUUCCUAUAGAGUUGGGAAGAAUUACCACUCUAACAUACCUGAACCUUGAAGCAAACCAAUUUUCUGGUGUUGUUCCCCACGAACUUGGAAGUCUAUUUAAGCUGGAACUAUUGGUUUUAUCGUCCAAUAAUUUUUCUGGGAAGUUACCGGUGACACUUGCUAAGUUGCAGAAUAUGACAGAAUUCAGGAUAAGUGACAACAAUUUUAGCGGAGAAAUACCUAGCUUCUUCAUACAGAAUUGGAAAUAUCUUCAAAGAUUAGACAUGCUUGCAAGUGGACUGGAGGGACCUAUCCCAUCAAAUAUAUCUCUUUUGAGUAAUUUAUAUCAAUUGAGGAUUAGUGACAUAAAUGGUCCAAGUCAGGAUUUUCCCAAUUUAAUCAACAUGACACGAAUGAAAAUACUGAUUUUGAGAAACUGCCAUAUUAUUGGAGUUCUUCCAAGCUACUUGUGGAGUAUGGAGAAAUUGGAGAUGUUGGACGUGAGUUUCAAUAAGUUGGUUGGGAAAAUACCAGAUGCUCGACAUGCAGGGUAUCUGAGAUUUCUCUUCCUAACUCACAACAUGCUAAGUGGAAAUAUUCCCAAGUCAGUCUUGACGGAUGGAAGCAGCGUUGAUCUUUCUUACAACAAUUUUACGUGGCAAGGACCAGAUGAACCUGCUUGUAGAGAUAACCUAAAUUUAAACUUAAACUUGUUCCGGAGCUUCUUCGGGACCAAAUUACAGCAGAUUCUUCCCUGUUUAGAGAUCUCCAAUUGUCCUGCAUAUUCACAUUGUUUUCGUAUUAACUGUGGUGGAAAGGAUGUAAAUGUGAUGGAAAAUGAUGAAAAUGUUCUCUAUGUAGGAGAUGGAGAUGUGUUAGGUAGUGAAGCUGCUAAAUAUUAUAUUAAUUAUAAAAGUCACUGGGGAUUUAGCAGCACUGGGGACUUCAUGGAUGAUGGCAAUUACCUAAAUGCUCAUUUUACUAGGGCUUUGACAUCUUCAAAUUUGCCUGAACUAUAUCAAACGGCACGUGUUGCUCCACUUUCGCUUACUUAUUUUCUCUAUUGCUUGGAAAAUGGGAAAUAUACUGUAAAACUCCACUUCGCAGAAAUACAAUUUACAAACGAUAAGACAUAUAGUAGUCUUGGGAAGCGCUUAUUUGAUAUCUAUAUUCAGGAAAAAUUAGUUAGGAAGGAUUUUAAUAUUGAAGAUGAAAUUCAUGGUCCUCAAAAACCACUUACUUUCCCAUAUAAUGUCAGUGUAACAGAGAAUAUUCUGGAGAUUCGAUUCUAUUGGGCUGGAAAGGGGACAACAAGGGUUCCUGGUGGUGGAGCUUAUGGUCCUCUCAUAUCAGCACUCUCCAUUGUUUCUCAUUCCAAACCUUGUUCAGAACAAAAAAGUGCAAGGCGUAUGAUAAUUGUUGGAGUUGGGUUUGGUGUUACCGCUCUGUGCCUUGUUAUCAUCAUUGUUGGAAUCUUUUGGUGGAAUGGCUGCUUCAAAGGAAUGAUUAGGGCUGUAAAAGGUACUGAAAGACAAGAUUCUAAAAUGGGGACAUUUACAUUAGAACAAAUUAGAGAGGCCACAGAGGAUUUCAGUCCAGUUAACAAGAUUGGAGAAGGUGGAUUUGGUCCUGUAUACAAGGGUCAAUUAUUUGAUGGUACACUGGUAGCAGUCAAACAACUCUCAUCAAAGUCACGACAGGGGAAUCAUGAAUUUUUAAAUGAGAUAGGCUUGGUAUCUUGUUUGCAACACCCUAAUCUUGUGAAACUUCAUGGAUGUUGCAUUGAAGGGAAUCAAUUAAUGUUGGUGUAUGAGUACAUGGAAAAUAAUAGCCUGGCUCAAGCUUUGUUCAGCUCAAAAGAUCAACUUAAUCUUGAUUGGCCAACAAGGCUUAGGAUCUGUAUUGGCAUAGCAAAAGGUCUUGCAUUUCUUCACGAAGAAUCAAGACUCAAGAUUGUUCAUCGAGACAUCAAGGCUACUAAUGUGUUACUGGAUGGGAAUUUAAACCCCAAAAUAUCAGACUUUGGGUUGGCUAGGCUUGAUGAUGAAGAGAAGACCCAUAUCACCACCCGAAUAGCUGGAACAAUAGGGUACAUGGCACCGGAAUAUGCAUUAUGGGGUCGCUUGUCUUACAAGGCUGAUGUUUACAGUUAUGGGGUUGUGGUCUUGGAAGUUGUUAGUGGGAAGAGCAAUAACAAUUACAUGCCUAGUGAUAAUCGUGUUUGCCUUUUAGACAAGGCAUGUCAUCUACAGCGUACUGAAAGCUUAAUAGAACUGGUGGAUGAAAGGUUGGGAUCAGAGAUAAAACCAACAGAAGCAAUAAUUUUGAUGAAAGUUGCUCUUCUGUGCACGGAUGUAUCACCUUCACAUAGGCCUACAAUGUCUGAGGUUGUAAGGAUGCUCGAAGGAAGAGCAAGAAUUCCAGAUAAAAUCCCACAGUCAAGUGACUUUAGUGAAGAUAUAAGGUUUAAAUCCAUGAGGGAUAUCUAUCAGCAAAGGGAAAACCACAGUUUAAGUUCAAGUCAAUUAGACAAUUCAACAGGAGUUCUCACACUUACCUCGCCUUAAACAUUUGGCAAAUGAUUUGGUGUUGGUUCAUAACUUCUUUGUUGCUGAGAGUAAUGCAACAACAUGAGACAUCCUUAGAGCAUAGACGCUUAAUCUUUUAGGGAAACCAACCUUAAUGAUCACUAUUUUAGGACAUAGUAAUUUUAGGACCCCUCUAAAACUCUAACUGCUCAUGGAGAUAUUUAAAUUACUAGCUUAGUCCUUCAACUGUUUAGAAGUUUUCAGGUAAGUCUCUAAAUAAAUAAAUAAAUGGAUCAUUGGUAAUGAA